AUGGAGAGAAGGUCUAGCGCGAUUCAGCUGUGUUUUUGUUUUACGAUCUUCCUCUUCAUCGCCACCGCUCACUGCUUCUACCUUCCAGGCGUUGCUCCCCAAGAUUUCCUCAAGGGUGAUCUGCUGAAGGUCAAAGUGAACAAACUGGCCUCUGUUAAAACCCAACUUCCAUACUCCUACUAUUCCCUUCCUUACUGUAAACCAGAUAAAAUUGUGGACAGUGCGGAGAAUCUUGGAGAAGUUCUUCGGGGUGAUCGUAUUGAAAACUCUCCCUAUGUGUUUAAAAUGCGAGAGCCACAAAUGUGUAAUGUCGUGUGCCGUAUCACACUUAAUGCCAAAGAUGCAAAGGAAUUCAAAGAGAGGAUAGAUGAUGAAUACCGGGUGAACAUGAUUUUAGAUAAUCUUCCGCUAGUUGAGCCUUAUAAAAGAGGCGACAUGGAUUCAGUGGUGUAUCAACAUGGUUUCCAUAUUGGUCUAAUAGGACGGUAUGCUGGAAAAAAGGAGCAGAAGUAUUUUAUCAACAACCACUUGACGUUUACCGUGAAGUUUCAUAAGGAUGAGCAGACUGAUGCUGCAAGAAUUGUGGGAUUUGAAGUCAAACCAUUCAGCGUUAGGCAUGAAUACGAGGGUAAAUGGAAUGAUAAAACACGUUUAACGACCUGCGACCCCCAUGCAAAACUCACUGUAACCAGCUCCGACUCCCCUCAGGAGGUUGAAGAUAAGAAGGAAAUCAUCUUCACAUAUGAUGUCGAGUUCAAGGAAAGCGAAAUUAAAUGGGCAUCUAGAUGGGAUACUUAUCUUUAUAUGGCUGAUGAUCAAAUCCAUUGGUUCUCAAUUGUCAACUCUUUGAUGAUAGUCCUUUUUCUCUCCGGAAUGGUGGCCAUGAUUAUGUUGCGGACCCUUUACCGUGACAUCUCCAAGUACAACCAGUUAGAGACUCAGGAAGAAGCUCAAGAAGAAACUGGAUGGAAAUUGGUGCAUGGGGAUGUUUUCAGACCUCCAGCAAACUCAGAUUUGCUUUGUGUUUAUGUUGGAACUGGUGUUCAGUUCUUUGGGAUGAUAGUAGUUACCAUGAUCUUUGCUUCACUAGGAUUCCUAUCCCCUUCAAACAGAGGAGGAUUGAUGACAGCUAUGCUUCUUCUCUGGGUAUUCAUGGGCCUUUUUGCUGGAUAUGCCUCGUCUCGUUUAUACAAGAUGUUCAAAGGAACAGAAUGGAAGAAAAUUACUCUUCAAACAGCUUUCAUGUUCCCGGGAAUCAUUUUUGCCAUAUUCUUCGUGUUGAAUGGUCUAAUUUGGGGUAGUUAUGUUGGGUUUAAGAAGCCAGCUAUAGAGGAUCCAGUGAAAACCAAUAAGAUUCCGAGGCAAAUUCCCGAGCAGGCCUGUGAGGACUACCUCUGGUGGUGGAGGUCAUACCUGACCGCAGGGUCAUCGGCUCUCUACCUCUUCCUUUAUGCAGCUUUUUACUUCUUCACUAAGCUCAAUAUCACAAAACCGGUGUCUGGCAUUUUGUACUUCGGAUACAUGCUUAUUGCUUCAUAUGCUUUCUUCGUUGUGACUGGCACUAUCGGUUUUUUUGCAUGUUUCUGGUUCACGAGGCUCAUCUACUCAUCAGUGAAGAUCGAUUAG